CUAAACCCGGAAGUGGGGGAGGAACUUCGGAGCGGUAGCCAGGUUACUGGGAGGCGGAGCCGCCGAGCUCGCUGUGGCCCGGAUGUUCGGUGCAGCUGCCAGAUCCGCUGGUCUAGUGCUUCUGGAAAAAAACCUUCAGGCGGCCCAUGGAUGUUACUAUACUGGCAUUUGUUUUUAAAAAGCUGUCGAUAUCCAACCAGCAUGCCUUGGACUUUAUUGUGGGAAGACCCUAUUAUUUAAAAAUGGCUCAACUGAAAUAUAUGGAGAAUGUGGGGUAUGCCCAAGAGGACAGAGAACAAAUGCACAGAAAUAUUGUCAGCCUUGCACAGAAUCUCCUGAACUUUAUGAUUGGCUCUAUCUUGGAUUUAUGGCAAUGCUUCCUCUGGUUUUACAUUGGUUCUUCAUUGAAUGGUACUCGGGGAAAAAGAGUUCCAGUGCACUUUUCCAACACAUCACUGCAUUAUUUGAAUGCAGCAUGGCAGCUAUUAUCACCUUACUUGUGAGUGAUCCCGUUGGUGUUCUUUAUAUUCGGUCAUGCCGAGUAUUGAUGCUUUCUGACUGGUACACGAUGCUUUACAACCCAAGUCCAGAUUACGUUACCACAGUGCACUGUACUCAUGAAGCCGUCUACCCACUAUACACCAUUGUAUUUAUCUAUUAUGCAUUCUGCUUGGUAUUAAUGAUGCUGCUCCGACCUCUUCUGGUGAAGAAGAUUGCAUGUGGGUUAGGGAAGUCUGAUCGAUUUAAAAGUAUUUAUGCUGCACUUUACUUCUUCCCAAUUUUGACUGUGCUUCAGGCAGUUGGUGGAGGCCUUUUAUAUUACGCCUUCCCAUACAUUAUAUUAGUGUUAUCUUUGGUUACUCUGGCUGUAUACAUGUCUGCUUCUGAAAUAGAGAACUGCUAUGAUCUUCUGGUCAGAAAGAAAAGACUUAUUGUUCUCUUCAGCCACUGGUUACUUCAUGCCUAUGGAAUAAUCUCCAUUUCCAGAGUGGAUAAACUUGAGCAAGAUUUGCCCCUUUUGGCUUUGGUACCUACACCAGCCCUUUUUUACUUGUUCACUGCAAAAUUUACUGAACCUUCACGGAUACUCUCAGAAGGAGCCAAUGGACACUGAGUGUAGACAUGUGAAAUGCCAAAAACCUAAGAAGUGCUCCUAAUAAAAAAGUAAAUCAGUCUUAACAUUGUAUGAGAACUAUUCUGUCAUAUAUGGGAAUAAGAUUGUCAGUAUAUCUUAAUGUUUCGGUUUGUUUUUGUUUUGCUUAUGGUUAGACUUACAGACUUGGAAAAUGCAAAACCCCAUAAUACUCUGUUAUACAGGGUAAUAUUAUCUGCUACACUGGAAGCCCACUAGGAAGCCCUUGCUUCUCUCAACAGUUCAGCUGUUCUUUAGAGCAAAAUCAUGUUUCUGUGUACCUAGCAAUGUGUUCCAUUUUAUGAAGAAAAACUUCAACACAUGUAAUCUGCACUCCUUAACAGUGGCAUAAUUGUGCAUACCUGUUGUGUUUCAGUUUGUUUUUCACCUAUAAUGAAUUGUAAAGACAAACAUACUUGUGGGGUCUGAUGGCAAACAUGGAAAUGAUGUAUAUUGUUUUUUGUUAUCUGUUUAUUUCCACCAAUACAGUAUUUUGAUGUAUUGCAAAAAUAGAUAAUAAUUUAUAUAACAUGUUUUCUGUUUAUAGACUGGUUCAAGACUUGUUUGGAUUAUUGUUCCUGUAAAGAAAACAAUAAUAAAAAGCUUAACUACAUAAAAUUUCAAUGUUUUGACACUUAAUUAUUGUUUGUCACAAUAGUAUGGAAGUAAUUCAAACUGGUAAAUAGUUUCCUCUCAUAUCUCGGGUAUGUAUACAUAGAAUACUUUAUUGAUCCAGAGAUACUUUUUAUUUCACGUUGUGACAUCUCUGAAUUAGGAUGCAUCUUACAACUGAUGGCUUAUUAGAUUUAUGAAAUACAGAAGAUACACAAUAUAAAAAGGGUUUUCCUGUGGUUGGUUUGUGGUUUGUGAUAGGUUUUCUGUGAUGUUUAUGCUUUGAAGGCCUUGAGACUUAUGGUCGCAACCAUGGAAGCAAAAUGAAAUUUUUAGCUCUUAACCUAACAACCUGACCAUGUUUGUCCAUUUUUAUUGUUUAGAAUUUUAUUUAUUUAUUCUGCUACUUGGUGGAGGUUGUGUGAGUUAGUUAAAUUUUAAAUGUUUAAGACUUCUGUUAACAGCUGCAAAAUGUGAAAGCGAGUGCACUCACUUUUCCUGUAGUUGUGUUUGUCUUUUGAAUUCACAGCAGUUGUAUCCUUGAGUUAUUUUGUUCAUUAUUCUUUGUUAAUGUAUUUUUCUUAGUACAUUUAACCACUGGGAAAUGAACUCUUGGUACGAAUGUGUUUCUUCUUUUCUGUAGGAAUAAAAAAUAAAUGUAAAAAUUCUAUUUGUACUGCACA